AUGCCGCGCUACUCCACGACUGACCAUUUGCACGUUGGUGUGCUGUUCUGCGGACCCGUUCAACUCCUCGACCUUGCGGCUGUGGACCUUUUCGCCAUGUGCAGCAAGGUCUACCUGCGCGCUUGCGAGCUACCCAAGCCCCUCGUAGCCCUCGGCCUCGAAAACAUAAAGUUCUACUUCAUUGGGGAGGGCGUCACACCCUCAGCCACGAACUCAGCCUCUGCCGACGCUGCAACCAGUACUGCUUUCCCAGCACCAGCGGAGACGACCCUCGUUGCCAGUACACCUUCUCUUGGCCUGAACAUGCAGCUCACACACGACAUCGCGUCCGCUGCCGUGGCGCCGGGUAAGCUCGACAUCCUCGUCAUCCCAGGCUCAGAUCCGAAGUUCGUCCCCUCGGAAGCCAUGGCUGCGUAUAUCUUGGCCCAGUCAACUUCUCCUCAGACAGAUGUCCUGAGCAUCUGCACAGGCAUCUUUCCGCUCGCACGUUCGCCUGGAGUUUUGGACGGGCGGGUCGCCACUGGGCCCAGGCCACUUGUGGACAUGAAGCUACGAAAGCUGAAUCCGAAGGCAGAUUGGCAUGACCACAGAAGGUGGGAGGUUGAUUCGUGUGCCAAGCAUUCCGCAGAAGGUGUCAAUCACGAAAGAUCAACAGGUGGAGAGCUAUGGACAUCAGGAGGCAUCACUGAGGGGACGGAGAUGGUGGCAACGUACUUGAGGGAGAAGAUGAGUGCCGAACUAGGUCAACUGGUCUGCGAGCUUGCAGGCGUGGGUGGUAGACCAAGAGAGUAUGAGCAGACGAAGGUGACGAUGGGUGCAGGGUUCUUCUGGUUGAUUGUGAAGAGCCUCUGGCGUGGGUUGUGGGCCGGGGGAAAGGAGAAGGUCCGUCUUAACGUCCAGGCAUACCGCAAACGCAAACACGAGGCGGAAAAGGAUAAGCAGGUCGCCAAGGAGCCGAAUCUGAAGUGGGUGGAAGACACGAAAUGGCAGCAGGAAUACGACCAGCAUAGUCGCUAUGGGCGAGAGUCUGACGCCGACCAAGACAGCAAACGGUCGAGCUUUUCCGGCAGUCUGAAGUUCGAGAGUGCCGACGAAGAUGCGAUUAGUGCUGAAGUGGUGGCACGAACGCCACAGAUGUACAAUUCACCCAGCGCCGAGAAGCAGAAUACCCUUCAAAUUCUAUCAAUGUUCACCGAGCGCUUCUUGCCGGAUCAGCUGUCGAUGCCGUCGAUGUUCGACGUGCAGACCAUACGGACGCCUUGUGCGCUGUGGGUGACAACGGCCGCACGGCAAGCUCGCUCACAAGAAUCUGGCGCACUGAACGAUGUGCUCCAUUCGAUAGUAAUAGCAGUCAUCUCUCAGGAGCAGCAAAGGCCUGAUCUUACCAUAGAGGCUCACAGACUCUACACGAGGAGUCUGAACAAGACAAGACGAGGCUUAGGACCGAUUCUCGCCAACAGCUACAGAGCCAGCGAGACCGAUAUCCUAAAUAUGUUCCUGGCUUGCCAUGCUGCAGCAGUGUACGAAAUGAUAGCGAAUGGAAAUAUGACCGAUAUGAGACGCCAUAUCUUGGGCAUCGGUCUGUUGAUUGAACAUCAGCGCUGUAUGCCAGACUUUCCUACCGUCACUGGCAAUUCUCUGGUCGAGGAAUACCGUAUGAUGGAGAUCCACUUCUGCCUACUCGAGCGAAGGCUCUCUACAACGUGUCGCAUGAAAGGCCUAACGCCCGAGCCAGCCAGAAUCUCGCACAGCGAAGCGAUCUUGAACACCGAUAUAGGUCUCGUCGGGUCAUUGCUCGACCUCGCGGACCAGAUUCUGCCCAUUAUGGUCGAACUUGACUCCUUCAAAGAGACCGGCCGUCCUAGUGCGGGCCAUCUGAUGAGACUGGUACAGUCGGCUCUAAGCCUGCAUGCCCAAUUCGACUCCUGGUCAAACUUCCUGCACGACAAAGCAUUCCCAGGAUCGCCGCACUCCGAUGCAUCGUCAGACGCAGACAGCGAGCCCCUCGACCUCUGCCAGAUCACGCAGUACGAAUACGUCACAUGCUACCUGUUCAGUCUGUCCUACGACCUUCACGCCAUCGAAAUGUGUAUAGAAGCUGUCACUGCUCUGACACAAAGGACCGAGCACUCACCCUCUCACAGUCCAUCCGUCACGAAGCCCUCGGCCCAGCAACAGCUCCUUCGCACACAAUCUCUCGCGGUGGCAGGCACGAUGCUGGAGUUGAUGCCCUAUCUUUUUCAGCAGGACAAAGGCAUUAUCGGUCGGUCGAUAGCCAUCUGGCCACUUGAGGCUGUGUGGCGUGUGCUAGAUGCCGAAAGCUCCAGACUGUCCGGCGAUGAAUAUGUGGCCAAGACGCUGAACGUCUCGGACGACUUUAGAACUAAGAUCAAGCAGAAUCGCACGCUGGUGGAGAAAUACUACAAGCUCUGCCGGCAAAGUGGCAGGACUGCGCAAGCGUACGGUCUCCCAUUAAUCCAAGUCAGAGAUUGUGAUGAAGUAGCGAACGGCUGCUGCCAAGGGAAGCAACGCGUUCACAGCAUCGACACUGACGACGAGGUGAGCGAAGCUUAUGCUGAUUGA